UUUGUGUUUCCGGUUCCUAAAUACAGAAACGUUUGAUCAACUACUUUUUACGUCGAUUAACUGUCUGUUUUUGUUUAGGCAAUGGAAUCGUUACUUGAACAACAAAGACGUUACCAUGAAGAACGAGAAAGACUCAUGGAUGCAAUGACUAAAGAGAUGUUGCAUCCAAAGAAAGUUCAACGAGAACAGAUAAAUUCUGAUCAUCGUCUGAAACUUUUACUGGAUAGAUAUAUGGAUUGUACCACAGAACUGAAGGAUCUCUAUGAAGACAAAGAUGGUUUGAGGAAGGAGGAGAUCCAGGCACUGGCCGGCCCCAAUGAGUAUUCUGAAUUCCGCUCUCGUCUCACCGCCAUAGACCGCUUUUACCACCAGCACCCCAACGAGGUCAGUGUUCCGAUGUCCAUGGAAUUUGAGGAGAUUGCUAAACAGCGGGAAAGUUCAGCUGAUGAAGUGCAAAAUGUGGUAGAGUUCACUGAUGAAGAGGGGUACGGACGCUAUUUGGAUCUACACCAGUGCUAUGAAAAGUAUUUGAAUCUGAAAGGAACAGAGAAACUUGACUACAUCACAUACUUGACAAUAUUUGACCGACUGUUUGACACUCCGAAGGACAGGAAAAAUUCUGCCUACAGAGAAUACCUUCUGUUUUUGUUGGACUAUCUGGCAGACUACACUAGCAGAGUGAAGCCACUUCUUGACUUGAAUGACGAGAUGGAUAGCGUGCAUCUUGAGUUUGAGAGACUGUGGACAGAAGGCUCGUUUCCUGGCUGGCCGAAAGAAGCGACUGGAGCACUCACACACUCCGGGGCUCAUCUUGAUUUGUCGGCUUUCUCGUCAUGGGAGGAGCUGGCAUCUCUUGGUCUUGAUCGUCUCAAGUCUGCGCUGAUGGCUCUCGGUCUCAAGUGUGGUGGGACUCUUGAGCAGAGGGCCCAGAGACUGUUUGACACAAAGGGAAAAAAUCUGGAAGAUCUUGACCCGUCUCUGUUUGCCAAGUCCAAGCCCGGAAAACAGGGCAAAAACAGAGACUUGGAGCGACAGAGGGAGAUUGCGACGCUGGAGGCCCAGGUUUACCGACUCGCUGAGAUGUUGAGCGAACAGCGAGCGGCGACUCGUGACAAUGUGCAGCGUAAACAGGCUCGCACCGGUGAGGAGCGCGAGGAAUCGGACGAUGAGGAGGUCUCGGACGAAGAUUCCGACGAUGAUGAAGAUGAUAUUCCUUAUAACCCGAAAAACCUGCCGCUCGGCUGGGAUGGGAAGCCCAUUCCGUACUGGUUGUACAAGCUGCACGGUUUGAACAUCAGCUACACGUGUGAGAUCUGUGGAAACUUCACCUACAGAGGACCAAAAGCCUUCCAGAGACACUUCGCUGAGUGGCGACACGCCCAUGGAAUGAGGUGUCUCAGUAUCCCCAACACGGCACAUUUCUCCAACGUCACACUCAUUGAAGACGCUCUCGCUUUGUGGCAGAAAAUAAAACACGGAAAGGAACAAGAAAGAUGGCGAGCAGAAGCAGAGGAAGAAUAUGAAGACUCACAGGGCAAUGUCGUAAGCAAGAAAACAUACGAAGAUUUGAAAAGACAAGGUCUGUUGUGAUCCUGGUGGACUUUACGUCAUUGUGGACCCAGUCAUUUUAAACUCAUCCAUCAUGUUCGUUCAUACAAGAAACAAUUAUGUGGUAUCCAGAUGGAAUUUACAUUUGUACUUGGAAACACCCACGGGAAACUAAAAUUCAUUUUAAAUAAAGUACACUGUUUCCUCAA